GAAAGAAAAAAAAUAUAGUUUAAUUUAUGUAAAAGUAGCGAUAGGCCAGCACUAUGUGACUAUCCUGAGGUAACAGUAAACCACUCCAAUAUCAGCCUCAUCCUGGUAAGAGAUCGAUAUGGCUAGCUUCAAGAAUAGCACGACAGAUGGUCAAGUCCACAUUAUGCAUAUCCCAUAUCCCACCAGCACAUGCUCUGUUUAUUAAUGUAAAUACUGCGUAUGUUACUUUCUCGGUGUCUGCCAAUCACUACUACUUCUGGUCCCUGAAGCUCAGCAGCAGUACAUCUGCAAGCACCGUACCCAAACUGCAUUCGUGGAGGAAUGUUUGGGAAUGAAACCGUGUUUAGGUUCAAUACCAGCGUCGGCUUUCUGCCUAGAGAAAAUACUGUCAAUAACACCAUCUGGAAUUCCGUCCACGGGGGCGUAUGUCAUGUCUUGCACGUCGGCCCCUUACCGAGAACUAAUGUGGCCAUUGCGGAAUACGAACAAUUCAAAGCAUGGCACAAGGAGGACGUCUAUGCCUCGCUCUUCGCGUACGUGGACAACGACGCGGAUUCUCCUGCCACCUAUCCCGCCAGCCAAAACCCAGAUGGUUGUCCUAGCAUCGGCUUUAGCUUUGGCCAUUUUUCUCCAGCAAGCACGGACAUGUCCAAUGUCACCGCAGCUGUCUGCGACCAACUUGUUGAAAAGGUCUGGACGGAAGCGACGUUCCUCUUGCCGAGUCUCGAAUUGGAUGCCUCGCGGUCCCCUGUUCCUGACGAAUCUACAGCUCACAUCCUUGGGAAUGGGCAUGGGUACCAAACUCGACAGUAUCGUCCUGAGUAUCAGAUCUCCAACAGUUUAGCGUCAUUUCUUACCUCACAAACCGUUAGGUCCAGAGCUGGUUGGCGCUGACAAUGUUCCGCGACUUUUGAACCGGAUGAAUGAAGGCUACGCAAUAUACAUGGCCCUGGCAAUCUUAUCCAUGAUGCGGCAGUAGUUCGCCAACGGCACUGAUACCGGCAAUGCUAUGUCUCGCUCUAUUGAGGGACAGGACGAUAGCCCAACAUUUACUGCAUCACUCGUGCAGCCUUCAGUCCGUACUGAAAAAAAACCGUGUGCCGAAAGUUAUUUUGCAGAGCCUUCUUGCUUUUACCUUCAUAUGCAGUGCGAUCGCCUCGGCCCUGACCUGGAAACCGGUACCGCUGAUGCACGAUCCGGGUUCCAUCACGGGUGCAGCCAGUCUACUGGCCGGGAGCGAGAUCGCCUUAUCAAAUUUAGUGCCAGAAGGGGCGGAAUGGAUGGAUUGAAAGAAGAUGGAUGAUGAACUUGUGUUCGAGGGGAUACGUUUUCGUCUGGGAUGGAGGCAAUGUGCGGGACACGAAGAGCAGACAUACGGGAUUGAUGCUACC